AUGUCUUUCAGGGGCCUGAGCAGGCCAAAUGCUUCAUCAGGCAUGGGUGUUGCUGAUCACAGCAAAAACACCUUCAUGGAACUGAAGCAGAAGAAAGUCCAUCGCUAUGUGAUCUUUAAGGUUGAUGAAAAGAAAAGGGAGGUUGUGGUUGAGAAAACCGGUGGACCUGCUGAGAGCUAUGAUGAUUUCGCUGCAUCUUUGCCUGACAAUGAUUGCAGAUAUGCUGUCUUUGACUUUGAUUUCGUCACUUCUGAGAACUGUCAAAAGAGCAAAAUCUUCUUCAUUGCAUGGUCCCCUUCAACGUCUCGGAUCCGUGCCAAGAUGCUAUACGCCACAACUAAAGACAGGUUUAGACGUGAGCUAGAUGGUGUUCAUUAUGAAAUCCAGGCUACUGACCCCACAGAAAUGGAUCUUGAAGUGCUGAGAGAACGUGCACAUUGA